UUGCAUCUGGGCAGCCCCAACUCCCUCUCAACAACACGGCAGACGUCCAGCAGGAUGUCAAGUGGCAGUGACAUAGGCCAAGCACGCCGGGCAGUGGAGCAGCUGCGGAUGGAGGCCGGCAUCGACCGUGUCCAGGUGAGGGCUUCGACUGGGAGACGAUGGGCUGGGAGUGGGGAUGGGCCUGGGUCCCUGGUGACUAGCUAGGCCCUGAUCUGGCCUUAGGUAUCCAAGGCAGCAGGGGAGCUCUUGCAGUACUGUGUGGAACAUGCCAAGAGUGACCCAUUCCUCAUGGGCAUCCCAGCUGCUGUCAACCCCUUCAAGGAGAAGAAGCCAUGCACCAUCCUGUGACCCCCUCUCAAGGAA